UUGUUGGCAGAUCUGAAUAGUAACCAGUAGCUUAGCCGAGGGACAUUGAAUGACUUUGUGCCCGUGUGCGGCAGGGUAAAGAAAGUUGUCCAGCGUCUGACAGGUUGGGAUUAGAACCGGAGCUAAUGGAGGCGCUCAUACCUGUCAUCAAUAAACUGCAAGAUGUAUUUAAUACAGUUGGCGCGGACAUAAUUCAGCUGCCGCAGAUUGUUGUUGUGGGAACGCAGAGCAGUGGAAAGAGUUCUGUUUUGGAGAGCCUGGUUGGCAGAGACAUCCUACCACGUGGCACUGGCAUCGUCACGCGCCGUCCCCUCAUCCUGCAGCUAGUUCACAUUGAUGCAGAUGACCGUAGGAAAACCAGCGAAGAGAAUGAAUCCAAGAAAAAUGGACGCCUUUACAGAGGCAUUGAUGGGGAGGAAUGGGGAAAAUUCCUGCACACUAAGACUAAGAUCUACACAGACUUUGAGGAGAUCAGGCAAGAAAUUGAAGCAGAAACUGAAAGACUCUCUGGCAAUAACAAGGGCAUUAGUGAUGAACCCAUUCACCUGAAAAUCUUCUCACCACACGUUGUGAACCUAACACUGGUGGAUCUUCCAGGCAUUACAAAGGUACCUGUGGGAGACCAGCCCAGAGACAUAGAGAUCCAGAUCAGAGAGCUAAUCGUGAAGUACAUUACAAACCCCAACUCUAUCAUCCUGGCUGUGACUGCUGCCAACACAGACAUGGCAACAUCUGAGUCCCUUAAAGUGGCCCGUGACGUUGAUCCUGAUGGUCGAAGGACAUUGGCAGUGGUGACAAAGCUGGAUCUGAUGGAUGCUGGUACAGAUGCCAUGGAUGUAUUAAUGGGGAGAGUCAUUCCUGUGAAACUUGGCAUCAUUGGAGUAGUCAACAGGAGUCAGCUUGAUAUCAACCAGAAGAAAGCUGUGGCAGAUUCUAUUCGUGAUGAACAUGCUUUCCUACAAAAGAAGUACCCCUCCCUCGCUAACAGGAAUGGAACUAAGUACUUGGCUAGAACACUGAACAGAUUAUUAAUGCACCAUAUCAGAGACUGCCUUCCUGAGCUAAAGACGAGGAUCAAUGUGCUCGCAGCACAGUACCAGUCCUUACUCGGUAGUUAUGGAGAGCCCGUUGAAGACAAGAGCGCCACGCUGCUCCAGCUCAUCACCAAGUUUGCUGCAGAGUACUGCAACACCAUAGAGGGCACGGCCAAGUAUAUAGAAACAGCGGAACUAUGUGGCGGAGCACGAAUCUGUUAUAUAUUCCAUGAGACGUUUGGUCGCACAUUAGAGUCAGUCGACCCUUUGGGGGGCUUGACGACCAUUGAUGUGCUCACAGCAAUCAGAAAUGCAACGGGCCCGAGGCCGGCUUUAUUCGUGCCUGAGGUCUCCUUUGAGUUGCUGGUGAAGCGGCAGGUUAAGCGCCUGGAGGAGCCCAGUCUGCGCUGCGUGGAGCUGGUUCAUGAGGAGAUGCAGAGGAUCAUCCAACACUGCAGCAACUACAGCACACAGGAGCUGCUGAGGUUCCCAAAACUCCAUGAUGCCAUAGUAGAAGUGGUGACCUCAUUACUGAGAAAGAGACUCCCUGUCACCAAUGACAUGGUACAUAACCUGGUGGCCAUCGAGUUGGCUUAUAUCAACACAAAGCACCCUGACUUUGCUGAUGCCUGCGGCCUCAUGAACAGUAAUAUAGAAGAGCAGAGACGCAGAAUGAGAGAGCUGCCCUCUUCCGUCCCCAGAGACAAGUCCCUAAAAGGCCCAGGUGGGCAGUCUCUGUCUCCCACUGAUCCUUCUGCCCUUGAGGGCGAGGUUGUCAAGGCUGCGGCCGGAGGCUCUCAGAGCGGCCCCGUAAAUGAGCAGAUGGAGAGCGGCAUGGGAAACUGGAGAGGCAUGUUAAAGAAAGGAGAGGAGGGAGCAUUUGGUGACAGGGCUGCCCCCCAGAAUCCGCCUGCAAGCCCACAGAAGGGUCACGCUGUCAACCUGCUAGAUGUGCCUGUUCCAGUGUCCAGGAAGUUGUCUGCUCGGGAGCAGAGGGACUGCGAGGUCAUAGAGAGGCUUAUCAAGUCCUACUUUCUUAUUGUACGGAAAAACAUCCAGGACAGCGUACCAAAGGCAGUGAUGCACUUCCUGGUGAACCACGUGAAGGACUGCCUGCAGAGUGAGCUGGUGGGUCAGCUCUACAAGACGGCCUUGCUGGACGACCUGCUGACGGAGUCUGAGGACAUGGCUCAGAGACGUAACGAGGCUGCUGACAUGCUCAAGGCAUUGCAGAAAGCCAGCCAAGUGAUAGCUGAGAUCAGAGAAACCCACCUGUGGUGAGGCCACAGCCUCUCUCCAGCAAACUGUCUUCAUCCUACGUGAACCUCUCACCCCUGCUGAGACUCCAGAACCUCAGACUGCAGAGACAAGCCCCCUGAAAUGCACUGGUGUGGAUAUGUGUAUAUGGAAACUCAGUUUUAAUGUACAGUCAGUUGUAGAUUUAAUGAAGGACACUACCUUCUGCUCUGUCUUCAUUCAGCAUCACACUCACGCUCCUAUUGUGGAUUAUUAUAUUUUUCUUGUAAUUAAGUAAUAAAAGUAUAUCGAUAAUGUUAUACAUCACCACUAUGUGGAAUCUCGCUGAGAAACAUGUGCUCUUAAUUGAAUUAAAGGUAGAAAUGAGAAACCCAUUCUCCAAUAAGUCAA